AUGCGCACCGUUAUAUCUUCCUCGCACCCCGAUCCCAACCACCAGCCGCGUGAUUCGCCGCCGCAGACACAAGCGCCGCGACUCGACGACAGCGCACUGGACCCUGCCCUGAACGACGAACACCUAGGAUAUCCACCCGACUCACAGCCGCCGGUCGUUCCCUCUGGGCUGCAGCAGAUGGCCUCUACAUCCGCAUCUCCUCCACCACAGUACAUAGCCACUGGCCAGCCCCCCGACGGCACCGAGUGGGGUGAUGUCCCCCGUCUGCCCCCCAUCCUCCAGGUCGAGAAGCAGCACGUUACCACAACCGCUACCCAGGCCGCGAGUGCAUCUCGUCGCCGCAACGACGCCCAAUUCAAAUGCCCAGUUCCCGGAUGCGGUAGCACAUUCACUAGGCGCUUCAACCUCCGAGGCCACCUGCGCUCCCACACCGAGGAGCGUCCGUUUGUAUGUGAAUGGCCCGGAUGCACAAAGGGAUUUGCUCGCCAGCACGACUGCAAGCGCCACUAUGCCCUCCACAAUGCCAAACCCAACCAGCAUCUCUGCGAAGGAUGCGGAAAGACGUUUUCCCGUACCGAUGCGCUUAACCGCCAUUUACGUUCCGAUGGAGGCUCAGGCUGUCGUAAGAGUGUAGCAGCCAAGGCUGGUCCCUCGACUUCCAAUCCACCACCUCCACCUCCACCUGUGCCUGUUUCAGAUCCCGCCGAGGGCCACCCGCCGCCUCCCCCCGGUACCCUCAACGGACACUAUCCAAUCUCCCUUGCCGUCAAUGGCCCACCACAGCCAGGAGCUCCAGCGGAUCCCAACCUCCACCAUAUUCAUCCUCACCAGCUCCCGCCUGAGCUCAACCCGCAAUUCCUCGCUGGUUUGCUUAGCGGUCAGCAAUUCCUAGCCGCGGCCGCUGCAGCCAAUGAUCCAAACCACCCCCCACCGCCGCCUCAGCCUCAUGUCUACGACGGCAUCAUACAAGCUGUCUCAGCUCCACCCCAACCCCAACCCGAAUCAGAACCUCCAGUCCCAGCCGAAGAAGAGUCCUCCGAACCACCCAGUAAACGCCGUGCCGUGUCCGCAGGCUCUGAAAUCGUCUCGGUCCCAGUCCCAGGUUCGGGAGCUGAAUCAUCCGAACCGCCUCGUGAACCCACGACCAAGGAAAACGAAUCCACGUCCUAA